AACAAUAGAAUCAUUUGCCCACACAUUCAUCUCCUUGGUGUAAGGCGUCACUGUUCUGCCCUCUGCAAAAAAAACAAGCUUAGAAAUGCCAUCAGGGAACGAAGUGUGCAAAGUUGUUAUGGAAACUAGAAUACUUUGGCUCAGAGUUAUUAACAGAGCACUUUAAGGAUUACCCCAGUCCACAAAAUCAACUGAGGAUUAUCCCGGAGGUGAGCACGUACUCCGGCAUCCCGGGGCGUUCUCAUCCCCUCUCUGCUGUCCACGAGCUCUGCAGGAGCCAGCGGGAAGCCAAGGCCGAGGAGGGGUCACUUUUUAAAAAUAUCCGUGAGAUCCAGGCUGGCAGAACUCGGGUCUGGGUCCUGGAAGGUAGUUCCGACUUGCGUCGGUUUCCUUCCUGCGAGCCCAGGGCGGUGCGAGCCCGCUCUAGUUGGUCCCCACAGCACAAUGUAACUACUGUCUGCAGUCGCCUGGUACUGUGGCACUUUCCCUGGCACAUCAGUCCUCCUCCUGGAAGAGAAGCUGGGCUUUGUGGGGAGAUAUUUAUAGCUGCAGCUGGCUAGCGUUUUUGCCCUCGAUUGUGCAAAUGAGGACUUUUGCAAGUGCGUUUUGUUAGCUCAGCAAGAUCUUUUGGAAUUUUUUUUUUUUAAACAGGCAAUUAUAAAAUGAAGAUUUUUAUCUCUUUUGAGGAAUCUUUUGAACCUUUUGAUGUUUCCCCAGGGGACACAGUAGGAGCUAUAAAGCUGAUGAUAAAGGAUUAUUUCCAUAUUCCACUCUCUGAAGAUAAACAAGGCAAGAUGUACCUACAACUGAUGUAUGCUGGUGCUGUGCUAGAUGAUAACUGGAGUCUUGCUGAUGUAGGAAUAUCACUUGGCUCAAAUCUCAAGUGCUUGGUCAAGAAAGAAAACAAACCAACCCUCUACGUUUACAAUGCAGUAACUCAAGAAACAAUGCCGAUAAAGGGAAGCAUUUGCCUUCUUGGAAAAAAAGUAUCCUAUCUGAAAACACUGAUAAGUCUGAGAUGUGGCUUUCCAGUGAGUAUCUUCUGUCUCAGGACUCCUCAAGGAAAGGAGAUGUAUGACUGCAACACACUGAUGGAUUAUCAAACAGACAUAGGAACAGAACUUCGCUUAGAUGUAUGGGAUGGAUGGAAAGAAUUUCUGACUGGUUGUCUCCAAGGACAAAUGCUUAAAGUCCAACGGUAUCUAUCAGAAGAGGAACCAGUGCUCAAGUACCAAAAGAGAGUAGCACUUUAUAUGGCUGCAUUUUAUGGAUAUAUUGAACUCACAGAGUGGACUCUACAACAAGGAGUAAGGCCCAACGAAGCAGUUGGGGUACAUCCCUAUCGAGAAUGGUGUCAAGAAACGUAUCAUCCAGAUAUCAUUAAAUGUCCCAUUCAUGCAGCCUCCGAAACAGGACAAUUAUUGAUCCUUAAGGCCUUCAUCAAUUACAAUGUCUUAUGUCUAGACUGUAAAAAUGCAGUGGGACAAAUACCACUGACAAUCGCCCUUAAACACAGGCAUAAAGACUGUGUAUUAUACUUGGUGGCUAAAAUGUGGUCCAUGGUUUCUUAUUCUAAAAUUUCAAUCCCCAUGAAGAUCUAUAUUAAAAUCAAACAAUGGCUUCUCAGAGCUCAGCGUCACAUCCGUCAGAGAAGACGCCACACAGGGACACGGAGGUUCAGAACGCGAGUUGGAGAUUUUGUCAUGGUGGAUGGCUUCACCCAGCCAAAAAUGACCUCCAGAGAAUGGAGUAAAGCUGGGAACAAGAGUAUAAAAAACAAACUUUCCAAACUGCCAAAUUUCCACGAAAAAACCCAGAGCAGGAAAACUCUGGAUCCUUUAACAGUUUCACAACAGCAGAAAUGUCUAAGCAGCAUAAAAUUGCCUCCAAUAAAAGAAACAAAUGGGUUCUCAAGAUUACAAGAGUAUCAUCCAAACAAUCAGAAAAAAAAGACAGCAACAUCUAGGAAGAAGGAAUUGAUGACAACAAAUCUGUACUCAGCCCAAGUUCCUCUUCCUUCACUUGCUGCUGGGGGCUAUUCACAUCCUCCUUUUUACUAUGUGACCCCUAAGGCAGCCUGUUUCCUCACUUCAUCCCUUCAGUCUUUUUUGGAAUACAGUGGGAAGACUACAAGAGAGAAUGCAAUCUACUGCUUAGCUACCGCAAGUGCAUUUAAAGAAAAACGGUGGCUUCAGCAAUUAGAAAUUGCAAAGGCUAUGGCAAAGAAGAGCAUUUAUAAUCUAACUACAGAAGGCCCGACUUCAAAAUGAAGAUAUCUUCAGGAGGCUUUCCUUUGAUUUCCUCUUUGCUUUAUUUAUUUAUUUUGCAAGAC